CACAACCUUUACCAUCGCUUUGCCCCACUAGGCACGAGUAGCAAUACAUAGAAGAGGAGAAGCCUGCUAGAGCUCGACUAGGAAGAGUUCAUCAUCAAUGCUUUGUAUCAAUAGUGAUUUUGUUCCACUCUCCUUUGUGUUGCUAGUUGAUCUGUUUAUGGAUGUGAUUCAAUGAUGAUUAUGUAUUACAUACUUUCUAUGAAUUAAUGAGAUGCUCGAUUCUUUCUAUGUUAUGGAUCAUUGAUCCUUGUUGUUUUAGAUGCUUUAUUGAAUGCAUGCUUUAAUCAUCUAUUGCUUAUGAUCAUAUGAUCAUACGAUGCUUUGAUUAAUCUGUGUGUGACCAUACUAUGAUGUUACUAUAGUCAUUGUUUAUACUACUAUUAUGGGAAACAAGAAAACUAAUCUUGUGUAGUAGGCUAUCCUUCUUAGGUGCGUAUAGGAGGAUUAGCUACCCUUCUAUGCAUGACUAAGGAAGAUGCUUGAUUCUUGGAUCAUCGGUGCUCUAGGUUAGAGUUAUGGUUCGUAGAAGCCCACAAUUAACGAUAUGUAAUCCUAACUUCCUUGUUCUUCAUUGAUUAGGUGAUGGCAUGAAGCGAAAGCACACAUAAACUAGUCAAAUUUCUAUCAUAAGAGACGCGUGCACUGGUAGAGAGUGGCCUUAGAGGAAGGGAUAGAGAAUCAUAAUAGAUGAUGCAUAGAUGCAUCUUAUGGAGGAGUUUGUAUGAGUGAUUAUCUAGAAGGGAGCUGCCUAAAUAUUACUUUCUUGCUUAUAUCUUUGUUUUGUUUCUUGCAUAGUUGUUUAGAAUUUCAAGUAGAGGGCACCUCAACUCACCUAGGUUUACUUUCUUGCAUUGCAUUUUCGAACUCAAUUGGUUAUGUUUGAGUAGUUAUUAUUGAAAGGCCCUGUGAAUACGACCCUAGGAACUCCUAAAAUUUAUAACUCGCUACUACACGAUCAACAACUUGACAUCACCAUUGUCGUGCCACGAGGUUUUAGAAUUCUACAAUGAUUCCAAAACAUGGAACUGAAAGGACACGUGUAUAGAGUUUGGAGAAUCUGUUGUUACUUCUCUUUCUCUGUCAACCACAACAACCAAGAGGGAAGCCCGGUUCGUGAUGCUUAUCCCUACCUAGCUCUACUAUGCAAUUGAUGGCCUCGACGAGGAAAUUGAGUUUGUCGGGGUCACUCGGGGUCUUGAGAACUCGAUCUUGGUCAAGGAUAAGCUCAAGGAGGCGCUUUUUGGCCACCGAUCAUGAUUGCACCAUAGUAGAGGAGCAACUGAUUUUAGGAAUUGUUGCGGUCGGGAGGACGGAUUUGAUUUUGGGGUAUUUGUUGUGGUUUUGAAAUUAAAGCGGAGUUUGGAGAUGAGGAGUCACAGGGUGAUGGUGAGAUGGAGCGACAAUUGAAACAACGCGGAGGUGGAGGAGGAGUGGAGGACGAGCUAGGUUGAAUGUUUGGGGUAUUAUCAAGGUUGUUAAACCGAGAUCUGACCGGGUGGUCGGAUCGAGCCAGGCCACAACCAGACACAAAAACGGCUCAGCCAGCCAUAUUUUAGCUUUAGCCGGUCAAAACUGGGGAAGCCCGGUCAAAACCAGGAAAAAUUAGGGUCUAGCCGGUUUCACCGGCUUCCGACUACUUACUGAAAUGUCGUCGUUUUGAGCAAAAAAUUGGCUAGGCCUAAGGGCAAUAUGCUAACCCUAGCCGCAAGAAGCUUGAGAGCAGCAGUCAGCGUCGAUCUGCGCCGCGUCUCUGCGAUCAGUUGCUGCGUCUCUCGGUUCUCUCGGUCUCACCCCAACGGCUCUGCGUCUCGCGGUCAUCUUCGUCUUUUGCUAAUCGACGGUCGCUCCGUCAUCAACAACUCCAUCAUCAGCAGCCUCGGGAGUCCGGAGAACUUCGUCUUCCUCCCGCAGCUCCCCUCCGUGAUCCCUCGGUCUUCCUCAGCUCGCCGGCCGUCUUCCGUUGCUCCCAGGAUGUCGUCCAAAGCUGGUCGCCGGUUAGCAAGGUGGGAGAUACUCGUCUUCCAUAGCUCGUCAACCUUCGUCUCUCCUUAUCUCCAACAAGGUCGAUUUCCCUUUAUUCCUCCUUUUGAUUUUGUUUUUGGUGCUUGGAAUAGUGUUUGUGUAAGAAACCCGCUAGAUUGGGGUAAAUUGAGGAAGAUUGAGAAUAUAAUUUAGGGUUAGGGAUAAGAAGUUGAGAGGAAUUAGGGAAGAGAUUGAGAGAUAGAGGUUUAGGGUUUUUAAUAUUAUUCUUGCUUAAUCUGAAAAAUAAUCCAUCCAAGAUUUAUAUAGUGCCUCCCCAAAUACAUAAUGAACCGAAAAAUAAAGG